AUGAGAGGACUUGUUCGCUCCUCCCUCUUCUUGAUGCUGACCGUUUUGGUCACACUUGUCGUGAUUGUAGUUUCCGAGUCGCAUCCACAACUCGAUUCAAUGAAAAUCCACAAUUUGAUGAACAUUGGUGUGAAAAAUCAUUUAGAAGGAACGUUCAAAGUGCACUUUUUGAAUGGUGAUCAUGAUGGAGUGAUGAACGAUCAUCAACAAUUUAAAACUGUGGAUUCUGAUUGGAUAGGAAUGUAUAGAAUUGAAAAUGGAGAUUCUUUCAAAUUCUUUGCACAAAGUUUGCACUCACCACUGGCUGUCACUUUUGACGGAAAACGUAUGGACCUUGUAGUUUAUGUUCCUAAAUCGCACAAUGAUUGCAUUCGAUUGAAUUAUGACAUGAUCGAUACGACCCAAGAGACAAGCUCCACCAAGAGCGGAAUUCACAUGACUCUCUCAAUAUUUAUGGAAAACAUGCUGAGACCUGCAUUGCUGUCAAAAUGGAGAAUGGAACUCAAUGAAGAUGGAUAUUUGAGUGAAAUUGCUCAAUGCACUGAAAAAGACUCGUUAAUUUUCAUCAAUGAUUUGAAAGAGGAAAGCAAUGAUGCUUUGAUCGCCUGUUUCAGUAAGAAAACAAACAGAAUUUACAGAAUUAGAUCGAGAAUGGCUGAAAUUGAGCUUGACACCAUUCCAAUGUCUACAGUCUCCUCUCAUUACAGUGAUUUAACCAAAUCCAAUUGUACAACAGUUUCUCCCAAGCAACAAUUCAAGUCAUUUUCUCCUUCUCAGUCUUUACUUAAUUCCGAAAGAAGAAAGACCAGUGUCACCUCCACUCCAUGGUACAAGAUGAUGAAGAUCCACACUUCCACACCUCACAUGAAUGGAGUCAUCAUGAUCAAGAAUCCACACGCAGCACCAAAUGCCACAAAAGUUUGUGUCUUUUUACAUGGAGCAGGCUAUCGAUUCGAUCAAGAACCCGCACAUUCGUUUUCAUAUUGGGGAAAUAUCAAUGCAUAUACCACCCAAUGCAAAGAAUCAUGGUUCAUUCGUCGAAAUACGGCCAAUCGAGGAUGGACUUCUGAGGAAUUACAGACCUCUUACUGUGCAUUAGCUCUCGUCAACAGUAAGCCAAAUACGACCCUCAUUACAGACACUAUUAUUUUCACACACUCGAUGGGUAACUUGAUCUUCCCAACUGCCAUGUAUAAGGGAUAUUGUGAACUCGAUCUCAAGACAUCGACGUGGGUUUCCUUGUCGGCACCUUUCAAUGGAUCAAAAGCUGCUUAUUAUUUGAAAACUUUGUGUUACGAUUAUGAUCAUCAAUCUGCCCCAAAUAGCAUUCAAAAAAUUUUUGACUUUAUUGCUGAAGUGACACAAAAUUGUGAUGGUGAAAAUCCAAUUGAGGCAGAUGCAACUCUGUAUCCUGAUUUUUGUGAUAUUGACAGACCCAGUUAUCGAGGAAAGAAACCCAUGUGUUUGGGUUCACCAAUCUUCUCUUAUUCGAAACCAUUAAUUUCUGCAAGAAUGUGCGGUUUUUCACCUAUGGGACUCGUUACUUAUUAUGGAAUUGCUUUGGAGUUAUUUGCAAAUUUAGUACAAUAUGGUGAAGCAAAUGAUGGUUUGGUUCCUGCUUCGAGUUGUCUCAUGGACACACCAAUGGAUAAAUUCUCUCCUACUCCAGAGAGUGCAUUAUAUAGCGCAAACAUUAAUCAUGCAGAUGCCACAUGUAGAAAUGGUGACUCAUUAUUUGGAGACACCUCCAAACAACCAUGUGCAUUCUAUUCCUUCAGAAACUAA